AUGUUGUCCAACACCAGUUCUGACUUCGAGUUGAUCAUUCGCCAGCAGCCCAAUCGGGCGCGCGUGGCCGGUGGGAAGGAGAAAGAACGCAAGCCAGUCGAUCCACCGCCGAUUGUACAACUCCGGGUAAGAGAGGAAGGGAGCUAUCUCGCGCAACACUACCUACAGAGCCCAUAUUAUUUCAUGUGCUGCAGUCUGUACGAUGCCAAUGAAGAUCAGCCAGUUCCCGUACCGCCGGCCACAGCUUUGGCAGGCACUCUUGUCUCCUCGCUUCACCGGUUGAAGGAUGUGGAUAAUAAUGACGGCGGAUUCUUUGUAUUUGGGGAUUUGUCGGUCAAAAUCGAAGGGGAGUUCCGACUGAAGUUUACCUUGUUUGAGAUGCGAAAGGAUGUGGUUACCUACCUGAAGUCCAUCAUCUCUGAUCGCUUCACUGUUUCACCACCAAAGACCUUUCCUGGAAUGCAAGAGUCCACAUUCCUUUCUCGGUCAUUUGCCGACCAGGGUGUCAAACUACGGAUCAGAAAAGAGCCUCGCACACUGUCUCUCAAACGGCCGCCACGGCCGGAAGAGUAUCCCCAGCAGCCACUGCCUCGCUCCCCAGACCGGUCUUCAAUACAAAUGUCGGGGAACGCUUUCACUGGCUAUCCGGCAGCAGGCCGAGAUUAUGCAUACUACGGGACACCGGUCAAACGUCAGCGGACGUCUGUGGACUACGGGAACAGAGGCAUAUAUGACGCCGAAGGUCGGAUGCGCCAGGUGGAUGCGUAUCCACAAACCACCGCCAUGUAUCCGAAUCAACCAGGAACAUACCAGACCCCUAUGAUGCAAGGAUAUCCUGCGGGACAUGCAGGAGUACCUGAUUAUGCGGUUCGUCAACCACAGCCUGCCGUGGCUGCCCUGUCAUCUUACGGUUCCCCGGUGGAGUCCAUGGUUGCAGUGAAAUCCCCGGGACCCGGUAAUAUGGCACAAGCUCGAACACCUGCUUACAUUGAUGCGCAGAUUUCGUAUGGGAUCCCGCCAUCCGCUCAAGUGCCCCAGAUGCAGGAUCCAGCGGCCCAAGCACGCUCCAGCCAGCAAGCAACGAUGCAAUCUCUAGGCAUGAUGAACCAGCCUGGUACUCCUACUGCAGAUUCGACGGCCGCCAUGAUGCCGCAAGGAUAUACCCAGUCGCGAUCGCAGCAGUACCAAACCAGUUCUACAAUUUUACCACCUUUGCAACGGAAUCGCAAUUUUCCACAAGGGACUAACGGUGCAUCCGCACGAGGUUACUUUGAUCAGGCGUCACAAGGUGCAACUCCUAUUCUCCCAUCACAACCCAUGGGUUCAACCGAAGGGGAUCGAUAUGGUGCGCCCGCGCCCGGUCAGACAACCUUUGAGCAUCCUGGCUCACAUAAUGGGACACCCCGAUAA